AUGGCAGAAGAAUUUCAAGAAUCUGAAGUUAUUUUUCAAGAAAAUGCAGGAGAUGAAGAAGACAACGAGAAGUACAAUUUUCCGGGAAGAAACAUGAAAGCCAAGAGGAAGAAAUUCAAGAAGAAUUCAGUUCCGGUAAAUAUCCCAGAAAAUAUAACUGGGAGUUCAUGGACGGUUCAGUAUGUAGAUUCGGAAAUUUUCGACGAUGAAAACGACGGUGGAGAAAUGGUGCCACCCCAUGUUAUCGUUGGCCGGCGGGUCGACGAAAAAAUGAUGGCGUUCUCCGUCUGCACCGGAAAUGGAAGGACUCUUAAAGGGAGAGAUUUGAGUGAAGUCAGGAAUUCAAUUCUCAAAAUGACUGGAUUUCUUGAAACAUAA